GCUUUUGGGGUUCUGAGCAGGUUGGGGUGUUGAGGGGCUGCUCUCUAUCCCUGGGGACCUUGGGGGACAAACCCACCCGAUGGAGCACAGAGGAGGAGCAGUGCUGCUGGAGGAGGAGCGGGUGCUGAAGGGUUAACAGGGAGUGUUUGCAGCCGGUCCCUUAUCACCAAGGAGAAGAGAACAGCUCUUGGGAAAGAAACAAAACACCCACUGCCCAGGAGGGCGAUUGGGACCCCAGCAGGGCUCCGGCACCCCGCUGUCACCCUCCUGGUGGCAUAGAGCACAUGUUUGGGGUCUUAUGGCACAAUGGGGACGCCGGGAGCUGCGGUGCGGAGCAUCCGUCCCUACGGGUCCAGCCAGCAGUACCUGUACGCCAUGAAGGAGGACUUGGCUGAGUGGCUGAAGGAGCUCUACGAGCUGGAUAUCGAGGUGGGCACCUUCCUGGAGGUGCUGGAGACGGGGGCCGUGCUCUGCUCCCAUGCCAACCACAUCACCCGCGUGGCUGAGGACUUUGCCCGCGCCUGCCCCAGCGCAGCCCAGCACCUCCGCCUGCCCACUGCCGGCGUCACCUGCAACCCAGGAGCUCAGCCGGGCACCUUCCAGGCCAGGGACAACGUCUCCAACUUCAUCCAGUGGUGCAGGAAGGAGAUGGAUAUCAAUGACGUCCUGAUGUUCGAGACGGAGGACCUGGUGCUGAGGAAGAACGAGAAGAACUUUGUGCUGUGCCUGCUGGAGCUGGCGCGUCGUGCCGCCCGCUUCGGCAUGUGUGCCCCCACCCUGGUGCAGAUGGAGGAGGAGAUCGAGGAGGAGCUCCGCCAGGAGAUGGACCUGCCUCCUGCAGACACCCCCCUGCCCCAUCCCCCCAGGAAACCCCGGGACUUCCACAACCUCGACCAGAUGGUCCAGCACCUGGUGAGCCACUGUACCUGCCCUGUCCAGUUCCCCAUGAUCAAGGUAUCAGAAGGGAAAUACCGCGUGGGUGACUCCGACACCCUCAUCUUCGUUCGGAUCCUGCGGGAGCACGUCAUGGUGCGAGUUGGGGGUGGCUGGGACACGCUGGAGCACUACCUGGACAAGCACGACCCGUGCCGCUGCACCUCGCUCUCCCACAAGCAGCUCUCCAGGACCAGACCCCCCCAGCAGCCGGUGCAGCACGAGGUGCGGCUCUGUGCGGCCCCCCCGGCCCCCGGCCGCACACAGCCCACCCUGUUGGUCAGCCGCUCGCAGAGCCCACUGCCCCCUGUCACCUGGACACCCCACGGCCACCGCCACCACCCCUGGACCCCCACCACCCCCAGCCCUCGCCAGGAGCCAGCGCAGCCCCGGAGGGUCCCUUCAUGCAGGACACCAACACCAAGGUCACCUGCUCAACCCAUCUCCUCCAGGCAUGGGGCUGCACAGCGGGCACCCACCCCAUCCCGGGGCACUGUGGGGACCCCCAAGGAGCCACAUGAGAACCUCCCCAUGACAGCAGCACAGGGCAGGGGCACGGCCCCCAGUGCUCACCUGGCACCACCGCGUCCCAAAAGCACUCGGCAAGGGGGUGGCUCAUCCGGGGUGGCUUCCAGGCAUGUGGGGGUCCCCACCACUGUGACACCCCGAGCCCACAGCCCCAUCAAGGCCUGUGCCCCCAGCCUGCAGCAGGAUGCCCACAGAGCAGCGCAGAGCAGGAAGAGCCCCAAGGAGGGGAACCAGAGAGCCCUUGGACGUGGCCAUCCACCAUCACACCAAAAUUCCCAGAAUCAACCUCCAAAGCAAGACAGCAGCAUUAAAACACUGAAGAAAACCAGCUCAGCCAUCUCCCAGCCCCCCACCCCUUUGACCCAUCUUGCGAAUGGGUGCGAGAGCUGUGCUGCUGGGGAAAGUCCCCGGCAUUCCCCCCCCAGCCCAACGCCCAAGGACGCUGAGAGCCCCAUGGUGCCAUUGGAUGCACCAGGGGGGAUCUGCAGCCACGACACAGGUGCCUCCGGGCUGCAGGGGUGCUGGAGGCACUGUCAACCCCCUGACUAUGGGAAGGUGCUGGAGGAGCUCAUGUGCAGCCGGCAGCCCCUGCGCCCUGUGGGGAUGGGCAACUGCGAGUCCCCAAAGCCCUCAACCCCACAGCGUGCCAGUACCCCAGCUGGGGGCUCCAUGGAGGGGCCAGUGGUGGGGGACCAGACCCCACGGAGCACUGUGCCCAAAGCCCGGCGAUGCCUGAAGAAACCUGAGCGUGUGCCCUCCAUCUACAAGCUGAAGCUGCGGCCCAAGCUCUUCUGGGUGGAUGAUGGAAGAAGACACAAAGGGUUUUGGGGCUGCAGUGGAGCUGCAGGGUCCGGCGCCGUGAGCAAGGAGCAGCGAGGCAGGUACAGAACAAAGGGGACAGACCUGAUUUUAAUUGGGUUCCAAAUAAAGGGGCGCAGGGUGGUGUGGACACCUGGGGAUCUCCAACAAGAAGUCCAUGGGGAAGGGGAUGCCAUGUCCAGGAACCACGAUGCUCACUGAGGUGGGAGGACAGGAGGAGCAUCCUCACCAGUGCUGCGCCCAACCCCAUGUCACCACUUGGUCACCAUGUAUUGGGGCAGAAAAUGGCAUUUUCCUUCCUUCUUCCCGCGAAGAUGUCCUACCUGGGACAUCCCCAGCCCCCCAGGAUGGGAGCAGGUUAUUUCUGCAGUAGGCAUAGAUCCAAGUGAGGAAAACCACAGCGGUGGCUGGCGAGCGGUAACACUUCAUACUAAGGGUUCAUUUAUGGGGAGGGCAAUGGAGCUCCAUUACUGCUGUGGAUGGGGAUGUCCCGGCCCCUGUUGGCUGCCAGCCCCCUGCCCAUGUUUUUGGGGAGUGGGGUAAUGCUGCCAAAGCGGUGAGAGUCAUUAUUACUGAUACAACUUUUCUGUCUAUAAAAUACAAUAGAAUAUAACAAUUAUAUUUAUAACUUUUCUUCUUCAAAAUACUAAAUAGAUGCUAUAAAAACCUGUAACUAAUUGUGCUAUAAACUGCAGGCUACAGGGUUGUAACAAACAAUGUAUUGGCUUGGUCAUUGAUAUGUGUGUGUUGGAGCACUGUAUAAAUGCUUUAUUGGUGGCA